CUGCGUCACCGGCCCCGGAGGCCUUUUCCUGUGGAGGGAGGACCCGCCAAUGAGGGCUGGGUCUGUCACGUGGGCCUGACAGCUGGGGAGGGGGUGGCCGGUGACAAUGUGGUCCCGAGGCGGCCAGGGCCGGGAGCUGCGACGCUGAGACCCCCGCCUGCCCCACCUCGGCCCUCCCCCUCGGGCCGCUCGGCCCCGGCCCCACCAUGUUCUCCAGGAAGAAGCGGGAGCUCAUGAAAACCCCUUCUAUCUCCAAAAAGAACCGCGCGGGAAGCCCCAGCCCGCAGCCCUUGGGGGAGCUGCCGAGGAAAGACGGGCCGGAUGCAGUGUCCCUCGGACCCAGCCUGGAGCCACUGAGCGCGGCCUCCAAUGUCAAGGCCGCGGGUACGCUCAAGAGGCCCACCAGCCUGAGCCGCCAUGCCAGUGCCGCCGGCUUCCCGCUGUCCGGCGGCAGUUCCUGGACGCUGGGCCGGGGCCACCGCAGCCCCAUGACCGCAGCCAGCCCCGCCGAUGUGCCCAUCGAGGGGCCCGGCCCCGACACUGUGGAGGACAUCUCCCACCUACUAGCCUACGUGGCCCGCUUCGCCGAGGGCCUCGAGAAGCUCAAGGAGUGUGUUCUUCGUGACGACCUCCUUGAGGCCCGCCGGCCGCUGGCCCAUGAGCGCCUGGGUGAGGCCCUACGUGUGAUACACCAGGUCGUCUACAAGUACCCACUGCUGAACACCUUGGAGACACUCACAGCUGCUGGAACCCUCAUUGCCAAGAUCAAAGGCUUCCGUUAUGAGUGUAACAAUGAGUCAGACAAGCAGGAGUUUGAGAAGGCCCUGGAGACGAUCGCAGUGUCCUUCAGCAGCACCGUGUCCGAGUUCCUCAUGGGCGAAGUGGACAGCAGCACCCUCCUGUCGCUGCCCCCCGGGGACCCGAGCCAGUCCAUGGAGAGCCUGUACGGACCAGGGAGCGAGGGCGCCCCCACCGGCGCGGAGGACUGUGACGAGGGCUGCCCGCCCCCCGAGGCCGUGGACGUACUGCUGCAGCGCUGUGAGGGCGGCGUGGACGCGGCGCUGCAGUACGCCAAGAACAUGGCCAAGUACAUGAAGGACCUCAUCGGCUACCUGGAGAAGCGCACCACGCUGGAAAUGGACUUUGCCAAAGGCCUGCAGAAGAUCGCGCUCAACUGCAGACAGAGCCUCAUGCAGGAGCCCCACAUGCCCCUCCUGUCCAUCUACUCGCUGACCCUGGAGCAGGACCUGGAGUUCGGCCACGGCCUGGUGCAGGCGGCGGGCACGCUGCAGACGCAGACCUUCUUGCAGCCCCUGAACCUGCGGCGGCAAGAACACGAGAAGCGGAGGAAGGAGAUCAAGGAGUCGUGGCACCGCGCCCAGAGGAAGCUGCAAGAGGCGGAAUACAACCUGCGCAAGGCUAAGCAGGGCUACACGCAGCGCUGCGAGGACCACGACAAGGCCCGCUUCCUGGUGGCCAAGGCCGAGGAGGAGCAGGCCAGCGCUGGGCCCGGGGCGGGGGGUGCCGCCUCCAAGACCCUGGACAAGCGGCGGCGCCUGGAGGAGGAGGCCAAGAACAAGGCGGAGGAGGCCAUGGCCACGUACCGCACGUGCGUGGCGGACGCGAAGACGCAGAAGCAGGGGCUGGAGGACGCCAAGGUGACGGCGCUGCGGCAGAUCCAGGAGGUCAUCCGGCAGAGCGACCAGACCAUCAAGUCGGCCACCAUCUCCUACUACCAGACGAUGCACAUGCAGACGGCGCCGCUGCCCGUGCACUUCCAGAUGCUCUGCGAGAGCAGCAAGCUCUACGACCCGGGCCAGCAGUACGCCUCGCACGUGCGCCAGCUGCAGCGCGGCGAGGAGCCCGACGUGCACUACGACUUCGAGCCCCACGUCCCCACCAACGCCUGGUCACCGGUCAUGCGCGCCCGGAAGGGCAGCUUCAACGUUAGCGACACGGCGGGGGCAGAGGCCGUGGGCAGCCCCCCCGAGGAAGGUGGGCCCAGCGACGACCGCGCGCUGGCCAAGGAGCGCAGGGGCGGGCGCGGACACCAGGUGCACAAAUCGUGGCCCAUUUCCAUCUCCGACUCCGACAGCGGCCUGGACCCCAGCCCUAGCCCAGGGGACUUUAAGAAGUUCGAGCGGACGUCGUCCAGCGGGACCAUGUCGUCCAGUGAGGAGCUGGCGGACCAGGAGGGCAGUGCGGGGGCGUCUGCCUUCGAGCAAGCUGACCUCAACGGCAUGGCUUCCGAGCUGCCGCCGGUGGCCAUUCCUAGCGGGCCCUUCCGCCACGUGGGGCUGUCCAAGGCGGCCCGGACCCACCGGCUGCGGAAGCUGCGCACGCCCGCUAAGUGCCGCGAGUGCAACAGCUACGUGUACUUCCAGGGCGCCGAGUGCGAGGAGUGCUGCCUGGCCUGCCACAAGAAGUGUCUGGAGACCCUGGCCAUCCAGUGCGGCCACAAGAAGCUGCAGGGCCGCCUGCAGCUCUUCGGCCAAGACUUCAGCCAGGCAGCCUGCAGCACCCCGGACGGUGUCCCCUUCAUCGUCAAGAAGUGCGUCUGCGAGAUCGAGCGUCGGGCGCUGCGCACCAAGGGCAUCUACCGGGUCAACGGGGUGAAGACGCGCGUGGAGAAGCUGUGCCAGGCCUUCGAGACCGGCAAGGAGCUGGUGGAGCUGUCGCAGGCCCCGCCUCACGACAUCAGCAACGUCCUCAAACUCUACCUGCGCCAGCUGCCCGAGCCGCUCAUCUCCUUCCGCUUCUACCACGAGCUCGUGGGGCUGGCCAAGGACAAUCUGAAGGCGGAAGCUGAGGCUAAGGCGGCGUCCCGGGGCCGGCCGGACCCGGCCGAGAGCGAGGCUGCGGCCGUGGCCAUGGCGGGCCGGCUGCGGGAGCUCCUGCGGGACCUGCCGCCCGAGAACCGGGCGACGCUGCAGUACCUGCUGCGGCACCUGCGCAGGCUCGUGGAGGUGGAGCAGGACAACAAGAUGACGCCGGGGAACCUGGGCAUCGUGUUCGGGCCCACGCUGCUGCGGCCGCGGCCCACCGAGGCCACCGUGUCCCUCUCCUCCCUGGUGGACUACCCUCACCAGGCCCGCAUCGUCGAGACCCUCAUCACCCACUACGGCCUGGUCUUUGAGGAGGAGCCCGAGGAGGUGCUGGAGAGCCAGGACGGGCCGGCCAACCAGCGGGCCGAGGUGGCGCUCCAGGUGCCCUACCUGGAGGUGAGUGAGGAGGCCACCUUCCCCCGGCAGGAGGAGGCCGAAGAAGGGGGCCCAGAAUCCCGCGCCGCCUCCAAUGACUCUGACUCGGAGCUGGAGGAGACCUUGGACCCGCUGUCCCUGGCGGGCGGGGGCGCCCUGCCCCACCUCAGCCUCCUGGAGAGCGUGGACGAGGGCCGGGGCGGCCGCAGCCGCAGCGGCAGCGAGGAGCAGCUGGGGGCCGAGGCAGGGGACGAGGACGGGGACAGGGACGGGCUCUGGGAGGGGCAAGGGGAGGGCCUGGCUGGGCAGCUCUCCGAGUCCAACACCAACCAGAGCAACAAUGUGGCCCAGGCCCGGCUGCACGCUAUGCAGCUCUGCGGCGGGCAGGUCUCGGCGGGCAGCGGCUGGGAGAGGCAGCCGGAGUUUGUCUAGACGGGGCGGAGGACA